UCUGUCAAAACGCAUCGGUGGUCGAACCAUUGCGAAAAGGCAACGUCAUUCAAUCUAGAGUAAAAUAACGAUUGUCACGAAGUUCUGCAUUGUUCAAGCAGCAAUUUAGGCUACAGAUUGCGUUUAACUGUUACUAAGACUUUGUAGAUUUAUUCAGCGCUCGUCCAGUGAGUGUACACCGAGUACGAAAUGGCUGAUCAGCAAAAUGAUGAUUUGGCUACUGCAAUUCUGCGCAAAAAGGAUAGGCCAAACAGGCUUAUUGUCGAGGAGGCUGUCAACGACGAUAAUUCCGUCGUAGCUUUAUCGCAGGCUAAAAUGGAUGAACUGCAGCUUUUUAGAGGAGACACUGUUCUCCUUAAAGGUAAAAGGCGCAAGGAAACCGUUUGCAUAGUGCUUUCUGAUGAUACCUGCAGCAACGAAAAAAUCAGGAUGAACAGGAAUGUCCGUAACAAUCUGCGGGUCAGGCUGUGCGACAUUGUGGCUAUUCAACCCUGUCCUGACGUGAAAUAUGGGAAAAGGAUUCAUGUGCUUCCUAUCGAUGAUACCGUCGAAGGUCUCACAGGAAACUUGUUCGAAGUGUACUUAAAGCCCUACUUCCUUGAGGCAUACAGGCCAAUUCACAAAGAUGACGUUUUCAUAGUUCGAGGAGGCAUGCGAGCUGUUGAAUUUAAGGUAGUUGAAACUGAUCCUGCCCCAUUCUGUAUCGUGGCCCCCGAUACGGUCAUUCAUUGCGAUGGGGAUCCAAUCAAGCGUGAAGAAGAGGAGGAAGCGUUGAACGCUGUAGGAUAUGAUGACAUCGGAGGAUGCAGAAAGCAACUAGCACAAAUCAAGGAAAUGGUGGAGCUGCCAUUAAGGCAUCCAUCACUGUUUAAGGCUAUCGGAGUAAAACCACCCAGAGGUAUUUUGCUGUAUGGUCCCCCAGGAACUGGUAAAACACUGAUUGCGCGAGCUGUAGCUAAUGAAACCGGCGCGUUCUUUUUCCUGAUUAAUGGACCUGAAAUUAUGAGUAAACUGGCUGGUGAAUCUGAGAGCAAUCUGCGUAAGGCAUUCGAGGAAGCGGACAAGAAUUCUCCUGCAAUCAUUUUCAUCGACGAAUUGGACGCCAUCGCUCCCAAGCGUGAAAAGACUCACGGGGAAGUGGAGAGACGCAUCGUAUCUCAAUUACUCACCCUUAUGGACGGCAUGAAGAAAUCGUCUCAUGUAAUUGUAAUGGCAGCUACCAACAGGCCAAACUCUAUCGAUGCCGCUUUGCGUCGUUUCGGGCGUUUUGACAGGGAAAUUGAUAUCGGAAUUCCCGAUGCCACUGGCCGUUUGGAAAUUUUGCGUAUUCAUACUAAGAACAUGAAAUUGGCUGAUGAUGUGGAUUUGGAACAAAUUGCAGCUGAAACUCAUGGUCACGUUGGCGCUGAUCUUGCCUCAUUAUGUUCUGAAGCUGCCCUCCAACAGAUCCGAGAGAAGAUGGAUUUGAUUGACUUGGAAGAUGACCAAAUCGAUGCUGAAGUGCUGAACAGUCUUGCUGUAACCAUGGAAAACUUCCGCUACGCCAUGACUAAGAGCAGUCCAAGUGCACUCAGAGAAACUGUCGUUGAAGUGCCAAAUGUUACCUGGGAAGACAUCGGAGGUUUGGCCAGUGUUAAGAACGAAUUGCAAGAGCUGGUUCAAUAUCCAGUUGAGCAUCCCGACAAGUUCCUGAAGUUUGGUAUGCAACCUUCAAGAGGAGUAUUGUUCUAUGGACCACCAGGUUGUGGUAAAACUUUGUUAGCAAAAGCGAUUGCUAAUGAAUGCCAGGCCAACUUCAUUUCCGUCAAAGGUCCAGAACUGUUAACCAUGUGGUUUGGAGAGUCUGAAGCCAACGUUAGAGACAUUUUUGACAAGGCAAGAUCAGCUGCCCCUUGCGUGUUAUUCUUCGAUGAAUUGGACUCUAUUGCAAAAUCAAGAGGUGGAAAUGUAGGAGAUGCUGGUGGUGCCGCUGAUCGUGUAAUUAAUCAAAUAUUAACUGAAAUGGACGGUAUGGGUGCUAAGAAGAACGUUUUCAUUAUUGGUGCUACUAACAGACCAGAUAUCAUCGAUCCGGCCAUCCUCCGUCCUGGACGUCUGGACCAACUGAUCUACAUCCCAUUGCCCGACGAAAAAUCACGCGAGCAAAUAUUCAGAGCAAAUUUGCGCAAAUCGCCUGUAGCAAAAGAUGUGGAUCUCGUCUACAUUGCAAAGGUCACUCAUGGAUUUUCCGGUGCCGAUUUAACCGAGAUCUGCCAACGUGCCUGCAAACUGGCCAUCAGACAAUCGAUUGAAGCGGAAAUUAGAAGAGAACGAGAGCGAGCGGGCAAUGCUGCAUCUGCAGCCGCGAUGGAUCUGGAUGAAGACGAUCCUGUCCCGGAAAUUACCAGGGCUCACUUCGAAGAGGCAAUGCGAUUCGCUCGGAGAUCAGUAUCAGACAACGAUAUUCGUAAAUACGAAAUGUUCGCACAAACGUUGCAGCAGUCGAGAGGCUUUGGCACCAAUUUCAGAUUUCCAGCUGGUCAAGCAGCGGCCGCUCAAGGAGGCCAGGCGCCUCCUCCGGUAGCACCAGGGGAUCAAGCCAAUUUCGAUGAUGCUGAAGAUGACCUAUACAGUUAGAAAUGUCUCUUCUAUGAAACGUGGAGAAAAAGGUUGGCGGCUGAUGCUUUUGCGCCACGAAGCUGAAUAUUUCAGCUACUAGUAGGAAGCAAUAUGGAUCAUCGCCGCCAAUCGUCUCGAAAAAUUCAACUAAUAAUAGAUGUUUGCUAUAAAAUGUAUUAUAAAAAUUAUAUACACCUUGAUUAAAUAAAAAAUAGCAAAA